AUGUUGGAAGAAUUCGAGCAUCUUGUUAGGACUCCCAUGAAGAACAAGCCAUUGUUUGAAGGGCUGAACGAAUCUCUACAACCCAAAGUCAUUGCUAAAGCACUUCACAUGGACAAGAGAGAAGUUGAGGCUAACCUAGAGGCCAAGGGGAAUACUAAAGAGUUCUCACUAAGUUUUCUUUUGGAAAGAGCUUAUACCUUAUUGAAAGUGGAAAGUUGGGACGCCUGUUACUCUGCUAUUGCUUUGGCUAUCUAUGGCAUCAUCCUAUUCCCAAAUAUGGAUGGUUUUAUAUACAUGGUUGCUAUUCGCGUUUUCCUCACUGAAAAUCUAGUGCCUACCUUGUUAGCUGAUUGGUUCCUAGAAAAUCUUCUAAAGAUAGGUGUUUUUGUAGAACAGACAGACGCUAGUUGGCCUCAGAGGUUGGGAUCGCUCCGAUCCGAAGAUCUUUCCUGGUAUUCCAAGGAAUAUAUUGGCAUGGACAUUAUAUUCAGCUGUGGGGACUUUCCCAAUUUACCACUCAUCGAAACUCAAGGGUGUGUCAAUUCUAACCCGAUUUUAUCACUAAGACAACUUGGGUACCCAAUGGAAGGUCCUCCAGAUGUGAGCUCUUUAGAAGCCUUCUUGUUGCUUGACUUGGGAGUUGAGAAUCCUAGCCUAUUCCAAAGGAUCAGAGAGGCUUGGAAAAAGGUCAAUCGAAAAGGAAAAGUUGAUUUAGAGAGAGUUAAUGGGAUUACUAAAGAACCGUAUUUUCAUUGGAUAACGGAAAGGGUGGAGGCGAUCAGAACGCCAUUCGUCACUUGGAUACCUGUACCUCUUUCUGAACCUAAACUCACCCAUAUCCCUAUUGAAGAGGUUGAUGAACUCAAGGCCACCAUGGCAAAAAUAGAAAGAGAAAAUGAAGAGUUGAAGUUAAAACUCCAAUAA